GGGGCUUAACUCCCACGGGCCCAGAGCCAUCUAUUGAAGGGAGGAAGGAAGGUCUAUGGAUUUAUGUUUUGCGCAUUAAAAUAUACAAUAUUCCAAAGUUUCAGUAAGCUGUUUUGAUAAUGGGAGUUCUUUAUUCAAAGUUGACGCGACCUAUUCGCACGUUCAAUAUUGCAAACCGUGCGGAAGCAAUUAUUUCGCAAAAAAAACCAAUUCCCGCUCCACAAUAUGCAUCUACUGAAAAACAAAAGAAGUUGAUGGAUAAAGUACAUCCAGGAUUCUGGGAAAAACAUUAUCAGAAAAAUAUGCAGUUAGACCAACGAUUAAAGGAUGUCUUUAUAACAUCAAUAGAUCCACAAGUAAAACCAGAAACAGAGUCAAAACUUUUACCUCAGAAUAGAUACAAUAUAAGUGAUCUUAACUUGGAUUACUAUGAGCCUGCAGUAAUACCUGAAGGGAAAUGUACAUUGAACCAAGCUCUCACAUUUAUUUCUCAGCAUAAAACAGAUCCUAUUAAAUAUAAUAGUGAAAAUAUAGCUGUUGAACAUAAAAUAGAUAAAGAAGUAAUAGAUGAUGUAUUGAAACAUUUUAAAAUUUAUGUUAGUAUUGUACCAGAUGCACCAGAUGAACCUUUAUCAGAUCCAUUUCAAGUUAUCCUGGAUCAAUCGUAUGAAAAAUAUCAGAAAGCAAAGAAGCUUAAAGAAUAAAUUGAGGAAAG